AUGACAAAUGUUUUGACUAGCUGUGUCAGCAGGGCAGGGGGAAACCCAUUAAAUGUUAAAAGGACAGGAUCACAGCAGACAUUCAAAAAGAUUUUUUAUUAUGAACAUAGGACAUACAAAAAUACAAAUACAAAUAGGACUGACCUGAGGGAAAAUGCUAAAUAUGACUGCAGGUAAUACACUCAGUCACUCAAUAUCCUUAUCCCAAUACUCUUCUACAUAAUCAAACAAAAUCAACUGAGAACAAACUACGUUACUAAGAGUGGUUGCUAAGACAGACGGACAUUUGGAGAGAUGUAGCAGUGUUACUGAAACAGAAAGCGAUGGGCUGAGUUCUUAUGAAGUUGUGGUGUAAACAAGAAAAGGUCUGAGAUCACUUCAAUGCUGAAGAGGACCAAAAAAAAAAGAACUGGGUUCUCUUUUGAGUCAACUACAUUUUGAACACCAAAGGACUGAGGUCACUUUCGGUCGGUUCCGUUUCUGGUUCACUUUAGGUGAACUGGUUUUGGUUCUUUUAAAAUUAAGUAAAUGUGAAAAAACGAAAAAAAAAAAAAAAACAUUUGCUUGGAUUUGGAUAAGCUAUUUCCAGACAGACCAGUCUCACCAGUGUGAUGAUUCUCAGGAACUAUCUGACCAAUUAUCACGUAUCAUUCUGUUAGGCUACGAAUUUUGUAAUACAGGAUAAAAAUGUCCGAAACUCAUUCCAAAACUGUUCGGAGGAUAAUAAUUGCCAUAUUUUUGUUGGCAUGUUUUCUACUCUGUUUAUACUACCUCCUACCAGUGGGGUAUUUUAACAUAAACAUUUUAAACUACCCUGUUGAUCAAGUCCAGAUAAACAAAGAAGAAACUUGUCUCCGUGUUCUUAAGAGACAGAACUACAGCUGCACUGUGAACAACAACGUGACCAACCUCCUGAUGACAACAUCUGCACCAAAACCCUUGACUACCACUAAGAAAGAAGAACCAAACACCAUUGUGUUGAUCUGGAUGUGGCCUUUUGGUGCUCCUUUUGAAUUAGGAUCCUGCAGUUCAGCUUUCAAUAUCCAUGGCUGUCAUUUAACAGAUGACAAAGGUCUGUUUAACCAAGCACAUGGAGUUAUGAUUCAUCAUAGAGAUAUCAGUUGGGAUUUAUCCAACAUGCCGCAACUUCCACGAACUACUUUCCAGAAGUGGAUAUGGUGGAACAUGGAGUCUCCAACUCAUUCAGGUCAAAAUCCCCGGCUAAAGGACCUGUUUAAUCUGACUUCAAGUUACCGCCAGGAUUCAGAUAUUCCAGUACCUUAUGGAUGGCUCUCAGAGGCCACAGAGGAAGAGAAAAAAUAUACUAUCCCAGAGAAGAGCAAAUUAGUUUGUUGGAUAAUAAGUAACUAUAAUCCAAACAGUAAGCGUUCACAUUACUUUACUGAGUUAGUGAAAUACAUUAAUGUGGAAGCCCAUGGAGGACACUUCAACAAGCGAAUUAAUAAUGAAGAAUAUGUAAAUUUGGUGUCCAGUUGCAAAUUCUACCUGUCCUUUGAGAAUUCCAUUCAUAGAGACUAUAUUACUGAGAAGCUGUUCAACCCUCUAAAUAUUGGUACUGUUCCUGUUGUUAUUGGCCCGCCGAGAGAGAACUAUGAGCAGUUUAUUCCAAGUGAAGCCUUCAUCCAUGUGGAUGACUUCCCAUCCCCAAAAGAACUGGCUGAUCAUCUGAGACUCCUGGACCAAAAUAAGGAUCUGUAUAUGCGGUACUUCACCUGGAGAGAACAUUUUGUUUCAAAGGGUAGCUUAUUCGGAUUUGAACAUGCCUGUCGGAUUUGUGAUUAUAUUAGAAAGAAUAAGCACUACAAAGUGGUCAGAGAUCUCAAUAGCUGGUACUGGGGUUAGGGAAAGGGGGGGAGGGGGCUGCAAGUUGAGCUGCAAGGUGGGCCAAGUGAUAUUCCUGGUGGGUCAGGGGGUUCCAGUAUUUGCAUUACUGUCACAGAUUCAAUGAUUCGUUUGUGUUUAUUGUUUCAAAAUUGAUCUCACAUCUCAACUAUUACCAUUAUAAAUUAAUGGAAAAUUAUAUUCUUCUAUAUCUGUUUGGGGACAGGGAUUAAAUGGUUUAAAGAACAGAAGCUUUCUUUUUUUUUUUUUUUGCAGAAUAUAAUAAUUAUUCCACUUAUACAGGUGCUGGUCAUAUAAUUAGAAUAACAUCAAAAAGUUGAUUUAUUUCACUAAUUUCAUUCAAAAAGUGAAACUUGUAUAUUAUAUUCAUUCAUUACACAGAGACUGAUAUAUUUCAAAUGUUUAUUUCUUUUAAUUUUGAUGAUUAUAACUGACAACUAAGGAAAAUCCCAAAUGUAGUAUCUCAGAAAAUGAGAAUAUUACUAAGGCUGGAAGCUUACGCUGCUGUUUUGAACCAAUAAUCGGAAACAAAGAGCAGUUGAAGGAUGACGUGUAUAAUGCAGUUAUUUAUCUGAUUCCAAUAUAAUUAAUAUGACUCCAUUAAAGUUGUUGUUAUUUUUUACCUCUUAUUCAUUAAAGGUAAAAGUCUUUCUUUGAAUUGAUAGGAAAACGUAGGAUUUAACCUGAACGUUUAGAUAACGCUUUCAACAUUAUCAGUUACAAAAGGAAAGAUUCUUAAAACCUUUAAAGCAGGCAAAGUUAUUUAUUAAGUUACAUGUUUAAAUAUACAGACAGUAGAAUGGAACAACAUAUUAUAGAAAACUUAGUUGUAACGAAUAAUGCACUGCUGUGCAGAAGAGGCCGUAAAAGCCUUUCUUGUAUUAAGAGGUUCCGCACCGGUGUGCGGGAGCGGCAGGGUUAAAGCCCUUCUCCUAGAACAACAGUUAUCUUUCCUUCUUACACCCUGAGCAAAGCAUUGUUAUACAUGAGUGGAAUACCAACACCAAAACCAACUGACAGGAAACCACAAGAUAUGGCAAAUGGGUGGUGAUCAAGAGGGGAAGAAGUACAUUCUCCUCAAUACGUUUAAGCAAUACCUAGAUUGUACAUUAGGACAAUGUCUCCAAUAAUUACACUACCAUUCAAUUCAGUUUAUAAGCUGUCAGAUGAGACCAAACAUGACAUAGUUAGUUAGUUAGAAAACACUAGUAGAUAAAUAGCAUGUAGCUGAAAGCAUAUAUGCCAUGUGAAGCAAAUGGUACAGAUGAGUUGUGUUGAGGUGUAAACGACUCUGUCUCUCCAAACAGAACCAUCCUGUGCCUGGAGCGUCCCAACAGUCCUCAAUCAGCAUAUUGAUGAAUCCCUCGCACUAGAUAGGCAUUAGCAUACUGUGAUGAUAAAGGCCAUUGUGUCAUGUUUAAUUCACAUGUAUACCCUUUUAAAGGGAUUUCUGAAGUACUAGGGCAAUAAAGAGUUCUACCCAUAUUUGCUCAGCCCUACAAUUAAUACAAAGAAAGGAUUUUUAGAAAUCUUGGCCAACUGAAAAGUAUGAGCAUGUACAGCACUCAAUACUUAGUUGGGGCUCCUUUUGCCUGAAUUACUGCAGCAAUGCAUCGUGGCAUGGAGUGGUACCUUGGUGUGUGUGUGUGUGUGUUCAAUACUCACUGCUCUGUGUGUGAACUUGGAUGGGUGAAAUGCA